AUGAUGGUGAUGAUGAAAACUAUAUUUGUAUUUUUAAUUUUAUUCAAUACUAUUUCAAUUAUUGUACAAUCACAACAAAUAGAAAAUACGGUCAAUGGACAUAAAUAUCAACUUUUCCUCACCAAUCCUCCAUUAUCAUGGCCUGACGCUCAAGCAGAGGCAGUUUUAAAAGGUGGAUAUCUCGCAACCGUUACAACUCAACAAGAAGCUCAAUUUAUUGAAGACAAUUUAUUACCUCAUGCAAAUAGUAUUAGUGAUAAAUCAAUUACAAAAUGGGAAGCUGGUCCUGAAAAAGGUUUAAAUAUCUAUAAUAGAAAAACUAACAAAUGUUUAUCAUAUUGUAGAUGGUUACCAGGACAACCAGAUUCAGAUCCAUUUGGAAAUUCAACAGAAGCAUUUGUUCAUUAUUGGAAUGGUAAAUAUUGGAAUGAUGUCAUUUAUAAUUGGCCAGCAAUUACUGGCUAUAUCGUAGAAUGGGGGGGUGAAUUAGAUCCAAUCAUUGUUCCAACUGAAACCGAGAUUGGAUCCAUUACUGUCAUGAACAUGGUUGGUUUUAAUAUGGCAGCUACCACUAUUGUCUUUGAAAACAGUACUGCUGGUGAUACACCAUUUACAUGUGUUCUUACUACCUCUACUGCCGAUACCAUCACUUGUACCACUAGAUCAACUCGUGGUAUUUAUGAUAUUAAAAUUUCAGAUGGUACAAAAACUUUUAAUUUUAAACGUUAUACUGUUCUUCAACCAACAAUUACAUCUGUAAUAUUACCAGUACAAGUAACUGGAGGAUCAAUUGUAACAGUGAAUGGAUUAUCAUUUGGAUCAGUAGCAAGUGAUAUUUCAAUGAAGCUUUCAACCAAAGAUGUAAUAUGUCAUGGUAUUGUCAUGUUGGUUCCACAUCGUUCAUUUACUUGUAUGCUUGCUGCAACUAUUUAUGCUGAUUGGAAUACUGGUUCAGUUCCAAUAGUUAUUCAAUCUGCUUCCAUUUCAGUUGCCAAUGUACUUCGUUUAAAUCAAACUCGUUUUGGUGUUUAUUAUAAUUCAAAAUUACUUCAAUGGUCAGGAAACGCACAACAAGUUAAUUUAAUGAGAAAUUAUUUUAUUACAGAAGGUUUGACAUCUGAUGUAUUUAGUCCACUAGAUUUAAUAGACUAUCCAACCAUUCGUAAUAUUCAAGGAGGUAAUAUUGUUCUACCAGUUCAAAGACAAGCCAAUGGUUAUACUCUUUUAACUGGUCCAAAUGCCGGUCAAACUCUUAUUACAUUUUCACCUUUAUCUUGUAAUGCAAACUAUCUACCAAAUUGUGGUACAGUCUCUCCAAAUGUUUUAACUGCUACACAAUGGCAAAAUUUAGUUUUAAUUGUAGCAGAUUAUAGUAUUGAUGUAGCAAUUAAUGCAGUACAAUAUAUUAGAUUUAAUAUACCAACUGCUGCACCAUUAUUUUUAUCAACUUCGUCAUGGACAUUGCCAACAACUGGUGGAUGGAUUCAAAUGAAUGUUGGUAAUAUGAAAUUGACAAGCAGUAAUUAUAUGGUUAGUUGGGGAGGUGUACAAAUUGCUAGUAGUAUUGUACCAUUUACAAAUAAUCAAACGAUUGGUUUAUUCGUACCACCUGGUACUGGUGCAUCAAAAGCUUUGACUGUUACUGUUGAUGGUCAAACCACACCAGCUACACCAUCCAAUACAUUGGCCUUUGUAGUUCCAUCUUUAAAUUCAAUCUCUCAAGGUAAUUCAAGUGGUGGACCAAUCACUGCUGGUGGUCUUAAUUUUGGUACUGACAAGAAUGUCAUUACUGCCACUAUCACCAAUACCGAUGGAUCCAAUGCCUAUACUGUCAAUGCCGACGUUAUUUUAAAUGCUCAUUCAAGUGUACAAUUUACUGUUCAACCUGGUUACGGUAGUCGUAGAAUUUAUCUUACUGUCAAUGGUCAAGUUUCAAAUACUAUUGCCUAUAGAUAUGUAAAUCCAAGUCUCAUAUCUUAUACUCAAACUGGUAGAGCUGUAACUUUAAAUGUUUUAGAUGUUGGUACAAAUGUAGGACUAUUAUCUGUUACUUUUGGUAGUACAGUCAUGACUGGUGUGACUAUUCCAGCACUUGGUCAAAUUACAUUUACUCCACCAGAUAAUGCAGUCAAUGCAUUUAUCACAUUUACCUAUGAUGGAUUAACAAGUUCAUCAAAUACAAUUGAACUUGUACCAGUACUAGUUUCAACUACCAAUGUUUUGGCUGGUUCUCCAAUCAAUCUAGUUGGUUAUUAUUUCUCUGGAUCCUUUGUCGUUUCCAUUGCCAAUUAUAAUAUUCAAUUUGGUCAAGUCACUAUUGUUGAUUCUCAACAUGCCACAGUCACUACUCUCUCUACCUAUCAAGGUAUUAGAACCAAUCUAAAUGUUUCAACUAGUAGAGGAGUAUCAAAUUCUUUACCAUUUUCAUUUGGUCCUGUAAUUUUUACUGGUACUGGAGAUCCCUCAAGAGCAGGUCACGUCAGUAUUAGUGGAAACAAUUUUGAUACUGAUACCAUUGUCACUAUCAAUUCUGUAGAUUAUACACCACAAUAUGAAUCAAAUACCAAGUUGGUUAUCACCAAUCUUGCCAAUGAAACAACAGCUGGAUACAUUUCAGCCAGAUCAUCUGGUGUAUCUAGUACAGAAAUGGUAUUUUUAUUAUUCCCAAUCAUGACAUCGGUCACUCCAUUACGUCUCCCAACAACUGGUGGAAGAGUUACCAUUACAGGUUAUUUCUUUAAUUUCCGUGAUUCUGAAAAUAAUCCAAUGACUGUAGUUGUCAAUGUUGGUACAUUUAACUGUCUCAAUCCAACCCAAGGUAUCAAUAAUCAAAUUUUAUAUUGUAACCUAAACCCUGGUACAGGUGGCAACCUCAGAGUCUCUGUAUCAAUCAAUGGUUUACCAGCAGCCCAAUCUACUUUUAGAAUUGGUUAUGAUUUACCUGUUAUCUCUAGUGUAUCCCAAACUAUUGAUAAUCCAGAUGUAAUCAUUAUUCAAGGCAAUAAUUUUGGUACAUCCAAUACAUCAACAGAUUUAAUUAUUAAAUUGGCAACUGUCACUUUGACACCAUGUUUAUUUACAGUUGCACAUACUACUAUUCAAUGUAAUUUAUUACCAACAUCUGCAUCUGGACCAUUGGCCAUUACAGUCAAAUCACAAGCAUCACUUCAACCUUUUCCAGUGGCUCUGCAUCCUGUAUUGUCUACAGUUUCAUCUCAAUCAUCUUUGGGUGGAAUGAUUACGAUUCAAGGAAAAUAUUUAACAGUUGCAACUGAAAAUUUGGAUACUCUAACUACAAUGGUUGCGAUUGACAAUGUUUAUUGUUCAGAUUCAAAGUUUGAGGGUGGUAUUGCUACAUGUAAUGUUACUCAAGAACAAGCAUCUGGAUCAAAUUCCCCAGUCGUCAAGGUUAAAAUCAAUGGAGCAGAAUCUUUUAAUGGUUUAAAUUAUCAAUACCUAGAACCACUAUUUGGUGUAGCUCAAACCAUUGAUAAUUUAAUAUUUGAAGGUGAAAAUCUUGGUUCUACUGGUACUGUUCAACUUGACAACCAAGUUUUAUCAUGUCAAUGGACUAUUAUUCAUUCAAUGAUAAAUUGUACAUUACAAUUGACUAGUGUAAAUGGAAUUUUAUCCCUAUCUGUAAAUGGAUUUACUUCAAAUGUAGAUUUUAAAUUGAGACCAAUCAUUUCAUCAAUCCAAUCAACUCCAACUAUUGGUGGUACAACUAUAGUAACUGGAAAAUAUUUUAAUUCUCCAACACUAUCUGUAAAGAUUGGUUCAACUAUUUGUUCAACACCAACCAUUGAAUCAUCUACUACCAUUUCAUGUCGUACAGCAGUUGGUAUUCCAACCGAUUCAGUGGCUAUCGUAUCAGCUGAUUCUGUCAAUUCAAAUAUGAUACAAUUUAAUUAUAUUGCUCCAACUUUGCAAUCAGCCAUUCAAUUAAACCUAAAUCAAAUUCAAUUAAUUGGAAUUAAUUUUGGUAGUAGUGUAGUCAAUACUAUAACUGUUUUAUCAAAUGAUAUACCAUUGGUUUGUUAUGCAUCCAAUGAAUCGCCAGUAUUUUGUAAUAUUACCAAAUCUCAAUUAAAUGGAAAUAUUCAAAUAUCACGUGAUCGCUUUUCAUCACCACCCAUCGAAUUUAAUAUCUAUCCAUUCAUUACUCAAGUUUCAAGUACAAGUACUAUUGGUGGUCCCAUAACAAUCGAUGGUACCUAUUUACAUUUAAAUAGAUUUAAUCAAUCAAAUACCAUAGUCUCUAUUAAAGUUGGUAAUCUUGAUUGUAUAAAUCCUACUAGUACUGGUCCAGAUGGUACACAAUUGACAUGUCAAUUACAAUCUGGUAGUGGUAGUAAUUUAAGAGUCGCUGUAACAAUUGAUGAAUUACCAAGUAUUGGAGAUGUAUUUUUUAAUUUUGGUUUACCAAAUAUUCAAUCUGUAAGUCAAAAUAAUCAAACCUAUGAAACUAUAGUUAUUAGUGGUGAAAACUUUGGUUCAAAUAUUUCAAAUGUCAUUGUUACCCUUUCAAAUCAAUUAUUAUCUUGUCAAUUGACUAUUGAUAAUAUUGAAUUGACUUGUCUUUUACUUUCAACAAGUAAAUCUGGUACAAUAUUGGUUCAAGUUGAAAAUCAAUUAUCAUCUGCUUAUCCAUUGGCAUUGCAUUCAAUUUUAUCAAAUUUAACUUCACAAUCUUCAAAUGGUGGUAUUGUAACUAUAUCUGGUCAAUAUCUUGGUAUUCAAGAUAUUUAUUCUACCAAUUUAACCAUUACUAUUGGUGAUCAAAUUUGUCAACAACCAUCGUCCCUAUUAAAUCAAGUUUCAUGUAUUGUAACAAAAGAUCAAUUACAAAGUACAAUCAUUCCACAAUUCCAAGUUUAUAUAAAUGGAAAUUCAAGUAUCAAUACUUUACCAUUUGUAUAUUCUGAACCAAUUAUUUUGGAAUAUCAACAAAAAGGUAGAGAGUUGAUAUUAAAUGGUUCAAGUCUUGGUUUGGAUAUCGGUUCAAUCAAUAUCGCCCUUAUUGAUGAAACUUUAAUUUGUCAAUUACAAACAUUAAAUGAAAUUGUUUCUUGUCUAUUGACUGACAAUUCAAUGAAUGGUCAAUUAACAUAUAAAGUAAAUGGUUAUACAAUUACAGAGGAAAUAGUAUUGGUACCUGCCAUUUCAAAUAUUUCAUCAACCCCAACAACUGGUGGAGAAGCUAUUAUUACUGGUAUUUUCCUUGGUAGUUUCAAUAGUGGUGAUCAAAUUCUUAUUGGAUCAUCAGAAUGUAAAACACCAACACCAAUUGAUAAUAGUAAAAUAUCUUGUCAAGUUGCAAGUGGUAUUUUAGAUGGUUCAUUGGUUACUGUAACUAUUGAUAACAAACAAACUAGUGAUUUGGUUUAUUUCAAUUAUCUUGCUCCAACAUUGUCCAGCGCUGGUAUCCUUCAUAUAAAUGAUAGUAUAUCAUUUUCUGGUUCAAAUUUUGGUACAAAUGCAAAUGACAAUAUUUUGGUUUAUCAAAACGAUAUAUUAUUGGAAAAUUGUCAUCGCAAUGAUGAUACAAACAUUAAUUGUACAAUCAAUUUGGAUCAAUUAAAUGCAAAGAUUAGUAUUGGUAGAAAUAAUAUCAACUCGACCAAUAGUAUAGAUUUAACUUUAAUGCCAUCAAUCCAAACAACAUCCAUUGUACCUGUAUUGGGUGGACAAUUAAGUAUUACUGGUUCAUUUUUAAAUCUUGUUCGUCUAGAUGGUUCACCAACAACUAUUUCAAUUCAAUCUGGUUCUCGUACUUGUCAAUUGGAUCUAAAUUUGUCUACCAAGAAUCAAUUCAUUUGUUUAAUGUCAAGUGGAUCACAUGGAGAGAAUAAUCAAAUGACUCUAACAAUUGAUGGUAAAGAAACAAUUGGAUAUUAUUCAACUAUUGCCCCAACCAUUCAACAAGUAACAAGUGUUGAAUAUUCAGUUGGUGGUUUGGUAACAUUGUAUGGUCAAGAGUUUGUUGAACCAAUCAAUUCUAUUUUAAUUGGAGGUGUAGCUUGUACAAAUCCAACUUUAUUAGAACUUGGAAAAAAGGUUACAUGUCAAUUUGAUGGUAGUGCAGAUCGUGGUGAUGGUAAAACUGGUCUUGGUGUAGUGAUUGAUUGUUCAGGAUUAAUCAGCCCAAUGGCAAAUGUUUUCAUCUAUUCUGAUAAUCAAGGAUGUUUAUGCUCAUCACCAAAUGGUAUUUGUCAAUCGGGAGUAUGUCAAUGUAAUCCAGGUUAUUAUGGAAUCAAUUGUGAAUUGAAAGAAAUCAUCGAUCCACAACCACCAACUAUUACCAACCCAAGUGAUGGUUCCUUUGGAAAUUAUUCAGUUCAUCUUACUCAUAUUCGUGAAUUGGGAGAUGAUGGUGUACCAAUUGUUUCUCUACCCAUUUCUUCUGUUCAAUGGAAUCAAACCUCUGAAAAUAGUGGUAUUUUUGUUGGAAAGAUAAAUGGUGAAGAUGGAUUUACCAUUACCAUUACCAAUACAAUUGCUCAACAAGAUGGAACCAAUAUUUUAUUCGCUGGUGAAACCAUUGUAUUAUCAAAAAAUACUUUAAAACAUUCGAUUCAAUUGGAUGGUUGGAGAUUUAGAGAUAAUAAUAAUACCUCUACUUUACAAUUAGUUUAUGAUAUUUCGUCACCAUUGGAAUCUAUAGUACAUGGCGAUUGUCAAACCGUUUACCAAGUAAACAAAACUCUUCAGAAUAAUGAAAAUGAUAUUAGAUGGGUUUCAUUAAAUUUGGUCAAUUCAAAUUUUAUUGGUAGAUUUUCAAAUCGUUAUAUUGUGGACCAAGGAAUGAUCAAGAUUGGAUCUACAAGUAUUCUUGGUGCAACUGAUACCAUUUAUGAUGAAACUUAUUAUUUGGUUUCAAAUAUUACCUAUCAGUCACUAAAUCAUUUUGUCGUUGCUAUGAAUAUUCCUCGACAUAAUAUUACAUCUAUUGUAGAUCCAUCCUUUUCAUUGGUCAUUGGCUCUGCCGAACCAAUUGAAUCUACUUGUUCAACUUCAAGUUCUUCAAAAUCUCUUUGGUGGAUUGCUUUGGUAGCUGUUGGUGGUGCUGGUAUUGCUGGUGCUUCUGCAUUCUUUGGUUACAAAUACUGGAAAAAGAGAUCGGUUCAAGCUAAAACUAAUGUUAGAUUGGAUCAACUAAGAAAUAAUUUUAAAUAA